AUGCGUUUCAUCACUGCUAUUGCCUUUGCCGCCACUGCCAGCUUCGUUGCUGCGCAGGACAAGUGCGACGCCCAGAACAUUGUCGACACCUGUGUCCAGGGCUACCAAGGUCGUAUCGAUGACUGCAACAAGAACGGCAACGACUUCAUCUGCCUCUGCGACGUCUACCGUGACGUUCUCGUCUGCUACAACAACUGCCCUGACUCCCUCGAGAAGCCUCCCGUCCAGAACACCGUAACCUCCUACUGCGGUGCCGCCGAGCCCCUCCGCGCCGCUGCUUCCUCCUCCAUGGCUUCCGUUGCCAGCGUCGCUGCCACACAAUCCCACGCUGCUGCUAGCGCUACCAGCGCCAUGACCAGCGCUACUGGCACUGGAUCCGAGUCCGAGUCUGCGCCCAGCGCGACUGCCAGCAGCUUCGAGGGUGCCGGUAGCUCUUUCGGUGUACCUGCCGGUGCGGCCAUUGUUGCCAUGUUCGCUGGUCUGUUGUAG